AAGUGUGAGCAAAAAUAUCAAACUGGUUGAGUCCAUGUCUAUAACAGGACAAGACGUUGACACGAUUUUGAUAUGAUACGGAUAUAUGCGAAGGAAUAAUGGUCAUUAUGCAUGGCCUCUUCAUUCUCCUUCUCAUCUGUGAGGUUUCCAAUGCAGUGCCCAAUGUCUUCGCAGAGCCAGUCACAUCGUCUCCUUUUGUGUGUUUCAUAGAUGUUUGCAAUCUGAACACAUCCAAUCAGUUUUGUGACUUGAGGUACAGGCGUUGUAAGAAUUGUAAAGAUGUAAGCAAUGAUUGCUUCACCGACCAAAUGCAAGCCAACUGUACACACUUUUGUCAUGGUGUAGAGGCUGAUAAACAUAUAGAGGAACUUAGAGUAAAAGAUUGUCCUGCUCUUAGUCGUAUUGACCAUGGCGACUACAAUGUAACGGGACCCGUUGGCCAUGAUGCAAUUGUCGGAGUAAAUUGUCACAACGGAUAUAGAAUCAAUGGUUCCGCAAGACUGAAGUGUAGUGACUUUGGUAGCUGGAAUGGUGUACAACCAUCAUGCCAGGCGAUCACUUGUCGGAGAAUUUCAGAACCACAUCAGGGUACAUCCAAUGUCUCAGGGUCACAAUCUUUCCAUAUCGGUGAUAUGGUUGAACUUCACUGCAAUGCCAACUAUAAGCUAGUUGGUGAAAGUAUCAUAACUUGCACUGAAACUGGCGAGUGGAGCAGCGGAGUACCAUUCUGUGAAGAAAUCAAAUGCUGGGAACUUUUGCCAGUAUUGGACGGGUCAUGGAUUUACAACGAAACCGGUCCGGCAAGGCCGGGAACCAGAGCUGUACUGAAAUGUGAUAAUGUGCUCGAUAACAUUAUCGGACAUGCUCUGAUUUGCACGCAAAAUGGAACAUGGGUGUCUGAAGUUAUGGCAAGAAGCAAGCAGCCUAAUUUAGACCUGAGCAAUUACAUGCCUUUUUGUGCACCGAAGAAAGACGGCAGAAACGUUGUAUCGCGUGUGUUGCUGAUAAUCGGUUGCAUCGGAAGUUCUUUAGUGACUGCUGCUGCUGGGUUGUGUGUCUGGGUUACAGCAUUGAGAUGCAAACGAAAGUCCGUUAACCUAUCAUCGAGCUCCUUAGAUAAAGGCACAAACGAUGAACAGAUAGCACUUAUCAACGGUGAAAAUACCUUACCAAAAUUCAUUGAAACAAACGAACAACACAACUCCAGAAAUAACCGAAUGUUGCGUAAUGCAAACGAAAACGGUAUUCAGGUGAUACAGGUGGUCAACCAUGUCCGUGCAAGUUGCUCGCAAACUGAUAACCGAGAAAUGCAAACAAACGUCAACCUGAGUCAUCCUGCGGGUGGCGAUGAUGAUACAGACGAUUUCAGCCAAGGAGGAAAUGAUAGCGACGGACGCCGACCUCAUACACCUGAGUAUUAUUUUCCUACGCAAGAAACCGAUGAUCAAAGCAAUGAAGAAACUAACCCUAAAAGUCCAGAAAUGACAAAUGCUCAAACUGAAAAUGGAGUUCAUCAUUUUGGCUCAAAUGUUAUUCCAUUGGAUUCAGACAUUGCUCAGUUAGAUUUAUCAGUUACUCAGCCAUUUCUUAGUCGAACAAACACUUCUUAUCCUAGUCGUAUUCACUCACAACCGGCUACUGACACAGAGAGCGAUCAGAAUGCUGCCAAAAUCUUACCAUCUAGCGGUAUGCAGCCGAUUCACGAGGAUGACAUUUCGAAACAUUAGUCAUUUUACCAGAAGUAACAAUUUUAAUCGUAAUGAAAACUUUUAAGUGAUCAAUGUUGGUAUUUAUAUCAGCGUUUAUUUUGAUACGAAGGUACUUCAUACAGCUAUGCUAUAGGUUAAUAAAACACUUAACACAAAGUAUACACUGGACAUGCUUGUUUUUGAGGUAUUGAGAUCAAACUCAAUACAUAUAUUGACUGUGUGAAGGAAAAUUGCUAUGCAAAAGAAACAUAUUUUGUGAAUGGCAUUUUUAGAAUAAUUGCCAUUAUUUUAAUACUUAUUUGGCAGCAAAGUAUAAUCGUACCAAUGUAUAUCAAGAACAGAACAUAUUUCAAAUUUACCAACGAUGACAUUAACAAAGCUGUUAAAUCUAACAAUGUUCUGAACAAUCGAUCAAUUGUUUUACUUCUCUCCAUCAUUAAAUUAUGUCCGGAAAAUAUACUUGAAAUACUUUAUUCAGGAGUGUAGGGAUAAGAGUGAGGAUUGAGCACUAAAACUGGUUUAAACUCCCAGUAAAUCUACAUUUUAUUGACCGUUCCAUGGAGGUACCUAACAAUCCUUGAAAAACAUAUCUGUUUUUAUAUAGUAUAUAUGCAAUGUGUUGUUUGUGGAGUUUUGUGCUGUUAUUCCAUGUUUCUUUUUUGUGUUUUGUUUUUGUGUUUGUGUUCUAUUUCUUUGGAGUGUAGACUGUGCCAUUAAACAGGGAGCAUGUUUAAACUUUUUGCUUCUGAGCUUGUUUCUGUAGUUUUACACAUACAUAUUGAAAAGCUUUGAAGAAUUGACUUGAAACUUUACAUGUACUUAGAUCUCAUUGAGGAUAAAUGCAGUAGAUGUGGAAUCAUAACUUUGGCUGUAGUAUUUUCAGAAAUUGCCUCUUGAUAGUGCUCAUACCUUUUGUUUUACGAGAGCAAAACUUCAUUCAAACAUGCUUUAGUUAAAAAUUACAUUUGUUUAUUAAAACAUCAAUGUCAUUUUGCAUUGUACAUGUUCUUUCAUAUAUUAUGUAAUGUUAUAUAUUUGUAAUGUAUAUUAUUGUUAUAUAUUGUUAAAUUGUACAUGUUCAAUAUAAUGGUCAUACAUAUAUACAGAGACUUAAGAAGCUGUGUUACCUUCUAUUAUAUGUUUAUAUGCAUGUCAAGGGAAAGUUUCAUAUUAAAUAAGUAGAGUUGAGUUUACAGGUCUGUCACGUCUGUCACGAUUUCAGAUCGAGGUUAGAUAUAUGAAGUUAUAUUUGCUUUAUAUAAGCGAUUAGGUUGUGGAAUAGAAUGUCAUCUACCACCAAAUACACAUAUAAUUGGUAGAAGACAAGCACUCGGAUUAACAUUAACAAAUAAUCUUCCAGUGUAUGGCUUUAUGAAACCAGUGUCCGACAUAGACAGCACUUAGCAAGAGACUGAAAACUCUAGGAAGACGAUUUAAGAUUAAGUAAUGUAUUCAACACAUUAGUUUUUAUUGCAUGUGAAAUGAGACAAAUGUUAACCCUUUAUGACUCAUUGCAUUAACUAUUGUAGCU